AUGCGACCCCUUGACGAGCAACGACAGCCACAGAGCCCGUCCGGGUCCGGGAGGACUGGAGGUACCAGCUCACUGGGGCGACAGCACCACACCACACGCCGCCGCCGCCCACCUCCCUCCCGUUACUCGUGGGAUGCUAGUAACGUGCGGCCAGCCCGCGGCUUCCGCGGUGGCCCGCCGGUUGAGGCUGCCCGGGCGUGCGCGGCCAGCGCCGCGUUUACGCCGACGCUGCGUCGCUGCUUCUGCGUCGGACGGCGCCGGCACUCCAAGCUCUCCGCUCCACUGCAACCCUUUGGCGGAUCUCCUGGGGCCGGACGUUGAACCCAGCGGCUCACGCUCACAGAGUACAGCUCCAAUUACAGAAAAGGGGAAACUGAGGUCUUGGGUCGGUCCAAAUGGGCAGUACUACCGUGAGCUGCCUUGCCCCAGCUGUAGGGGUAGAGGUUACACUCCAUGCAAGGAGUGCGGAAUAGAUAGAUCAAGUUUGGACUGCCCUAUGUGCAAUGGCAAGGGGAUUCGAAUGUGUCUACAGUGUAGUGGAGAGCGUGUGAUAUGGCAGGAAUCUGUUGAUGAACAGCCAUGGGAGAAAGUUCGGUCAAGUUCUCCCCUGAAAGUAAAAGAAGAUGACGAAGUUGACAAGUUAGAGAUUAAUAUCAACAAGCCCAAAAGAUCAAAGCGUACUUAUGCAUCACCCUCUCCGGAAGUUGCCAUGAAGAUUAGCCAGUCUUUAAGAAGUCUAAAUGCUCAAACAGGAUUGUUUACUAAGCACAUGAAGAUUAUACACCAAGACCCCGAAUUGCGUGCUCAAAGAGUUGCUGCAAUCAAGAAAACAAAAGGUACUGCUGUUGCAAGAAAGCGUGCUUCAGAAAUUCAAAAGGCAUUCUUCAGUGAUCCUGAGAACCGGCUCAAGAGAAGCAUUGCCAUGAAAGGGGUGAAAUUUUACUGCAGCAAAUGUGGACAAGAAGGACAUAGAAGCUUUUAUUGCCCUACAGUGAGGAAAGGUUCAACUAGGCUGCGGUUCAGGUGCCGGUUGUGUGGAGGAGAAGGGCAUAAUAGUCGAACAUGUGGAAAACCAAAGUCCGAGAAGGAGCACCAACAACAACCUCGGCACUGCAGCCGAUGUGGUGAAAGGGGACACAACCGGCGUAACUGCCCCACAUCCACUGAUGUGGGCAUUGGUGCUUCAGGUUAUGUGGUCAACAAAGUUAAUGGUUCUAAUUCAGCUGUUUAUUCAUGUAGUAUCUGCUUAGAAAAGGGGCAUAACAAACGAACAUGCCCGAAAAGAAAGGCUACCCUAGUAAAUGAAAAGUGUGAGUAGUUAAAGUUGCAUACUAAUCGAGAGCAAUCAUGUGAAAGACCUGCUAUAUAUUAGUUUCCCACACAUCCUGUCAGUGCAGUUUCCUAAUAAUUUUUCCCACAAAGGAUCAGAAAUGUUCUUUGGAUUUGGCUCUUGAAAGAAAGGGAAACAAUUUUCUAAACUGACAUAAAAAUGUUAAAAAUGGAUUCUGAAUAUGAACCAAACUUUGUUUUCCUAGAACAGUGGAAUGUACUCCGUAGAAACCAAAUGUCAAGUGAUGAAAAGGAAACCUGUUCUACAGAAGUAGGCUUUAACUUGGUUGGUAUUCUGUCCUCAUUGCAUAAUUUGAGCCAUAAUCAUAACUCUGGCAUAUUUGCAAUGCUACUCUAAAGUCAUCCUCUGACUAUUGUUAUUAUAUGACACUCUUUUGAAAUCCCCUGUUAUCAGUAGUCAGAGGAUGAAAACAACAGAGAUACUUUGUUUUGUCAGAGGAUUUGUAGUGAAUACUUUGUUUUGUAGGGGGUUCAACAUGAGGACAGCUUAUGAAAACAACAGAAAUAAUGUCAGAACAGACUAAACAAUCUUGUGUUUCACUUUGUUACCUGCUAGCUCCACAAAAUCUGUAUCUUCUUUUAGCGGCAAUGCUUGCCGCCUGCUGUGGACUUCCUUCCAUAGUUCCAUUGGUGAUAAUUGUGCUCUGUGUGAAAUCAUAUUUUUGUUAGUAGGCAGCCUAGGAUUUCUGUUCAUCCCAUUCUUAACUAUUAACAUGAAACAAUGUUCUCUGUAAGAGUUGUGCAGCCACUUCUUGAUGUCAGUGUGAGGACUGACAUCUGAAAGCUCUAUGCUUAUUUACUUCUAUAGCUGAUCAACCUUAUGCCAUAAUUUGUUUCCUGGUACUGUGGAGACAGUAAUGAUUUAAUGCACUGGUCACUGAUGAUCAGGUCGUAAUUCAGUCGUUGACUGCGAGUUUAUCUUA